ACGUUCACUACGUCACAGGGCUGCGACGGAGCGCGACUGAGCGGCUGGAAAAGCGGGGCUAGGCCAGUAGUGCGCCGCGGGUCCGCCGGGCGGGAAGAGGGGUGGUUUUCCGCAGUAACCGUCUGGAGCGCCGGUUCCGGGUCGGCGCAUUGGGGAUGACCUAAUUGCGCACCUGUUACGUGACGUCAUUGCAGGUGUGGUCGGCGUUCCGGACUGAGGACAGUUGGCGACCUUAAAAGUUUAGUGUCCCGGGGGGGUGUCCUCCUUUAAUUUCACGGAAACUAGAUCCUUAUGGUAAACGGAAAACCAGUAUCGCCUGUCCCAAGAAAAGUAAUCAUAAAAGCUUAUGGAAGAAGAAUCAGUGUCAGAUUUUGCAGUUCGGGAAUGACCUUAGACAGUAUCAAUCGGGCAGCUGUGGAUCGAAUAAUCCGGGUGGAUCAUGCAGGUGAAUAUGGAGCGAACCGCAUCUACGCAGGGCAGAUGGCCGUCCUGGGUCGGACGAGCGUCGGGCCAGUCAUUCAGAAAAUGUGGGAUCAAGAAAAGAACCACUUGAAAAAGUUCAAUGAGUUGAUGGUUGCAUUCAGGGUGCGGCCAACCAUUCUGAUGCCCUUUUGGAAUGUGGUGGGCUUUGCACUGGGUGCGGGAACUGCCCUGCUUGGGAAGGAGGGCGCAAUGGCCUGCACAGUUGCUGUGGAAGAGUCCAUAGCACACCACUACAACAACCAGAUCCGGAUGCUGAUGGAGGAGCCUGAAAAAUAUGAACAGCUUCUUCAGGUGAUAAGGAAAUUUCGGGAUGAAGAGCUUGAGCACCAUGACAUAGGCCUCGAACACGACGCAGAACUGGCUCCAGCGUACGCAGUUCUGAAGAGCGUUAUCCAGGCUGGAUGCAGCAUGGCAAUAUAUUUAUCAGAAAGACUGUAAAGUAUGUCCACUUUUCCUUGUGUAUAAACGAUGAUAGUAAUUUAACAAGUGACAGUGGCAGAAAAGGAAACGUACAGUUACUGUUCUGUGAAUUUGUUAAUAAACUGCGAGAGGUUUUUUUGUUAAUAAAAUUCUCCAGUGUUAA